GGGAUGCGCCGCUUCCGGUCCUGUCCGCCCUCCUUCCGCCCUGGGCCAUGUGGGACGUAGACCAAGUGGCGGCUCUCUGCUACCGCCAUUAUGAAGCGCGGCUGCCGAAGCAGGGGAAGCCGGGCCGCGGCACGCGCGAAUGGACUGAGCUGGCGGCGGUGCUGCGGACAGAGCGAGCGGAAGGUGGCGGGGCGCCUUCCGCCGUGAAGGAAGUCGUGGCCAUGGGAACCGGCACGAAGUGUAUCGGCCAGUCCGAGAUGAGGGAGACCGGGGACGUCCUCAACGACAGUCAUGCGGAGGUGGUGGCCAAGAGAAGCUUCCAGAGGUAUCUUAUUCAUCAACUUUGGCUAGCUGCUGUAGGUCAGGAGCCUAGCAUUUUCACCCCUGGAACCGAAAAAGGGAAAUGGCUUCUCAAACCGCUUAUCAGCUUUGUUUUUUUCACCAGUCGCACACCUUGUGGGGAUGGCUCCAUUAUCCCAAUGAUGGAAAUGGAUGCCCAGCCAUGUUUGCUCCUGAGCCCCCAAAAAGUACCCAGAAUGGGCAGGAGUGACUGCAGGGUACAAGAGAGCUAUAAAAGGGAGAUUGAAGAAACAGUCACUGGUUCCUCUCCCAAGAAACCAAGAAUGGAUGAUAGCAAUUCUAUCAAUAAUUCAGAGUUCCCAGCUGAUCACCUUAGAGGAACCCAAAUAGUGGAUCUGCAUAGAACAGGGGCCAAAUGUGUCCAAGGAGAAACAAUGGAUUCCCGAAGGCCAGGCAUUGAAUAUCAUACCAUAGGGUUGCUACGGAUCAAACCAGGCCGUGGAGCCCAGACAGCCUCCAUGUCUUGUAGUGAUAAACUGGCACGCUUGAAUGUUCUUGGCUGGCAGGGAGCACUUCUGAUGCAUUUCCUUCAGCAGCCUAUCUACCUGCCAGCCUUGGUGGUGGGUCAGUGCCCCUACAAUCGGGAAGCUCUGCACAGGGCCAUUGUGGCAAGGUGUCAUCUAGUCUCACAUUUGCCAGAUGGUUUCCAGGUUCAAGAGUUGGAAAUUCUACAGUCCCAGCUAGGUUUCAUCCAUAGUCGUGAAGCAGCCAAGUCUGGCAAUGUUCUGGGACAAGGAAAGUUAGUGUCCUGUGGCACAGCUAUCAGUUGGAGUGCUGUCCCAGAGCAUCCAUUAGAUGUCACUUCACAUGGUUUUAGACAAGGGACUUCCAAGAAAAGGAUUGGGAGCUUGAUAUCCAGAUCUCGAAUUUGCAAGGUGGAACUUUUCCAUGCUUUUCUAGAGGUGGUGGCCAGCAUUCCUCUGAAAAACCUACCAGAAACUCUCACAGCCAAGAGGCUGCGGACAUACUGGGAGUACAAAGAAGCUGCUGCUUCAUAUCAAGAGGCGUGGAAGGAACUGCGCAGCCAGGCCUUUGGUGCCUGGGUGAGGAACAGCCGUCAUUACCAGUACUUCACAUGAAGAAGGAACCGAGUGAUUGUCUGACUAUCACUUACGCAUCUCUCAGUUGUUUGGCACAAUUAAUGCUCCAUAUUUUUUUUACCAUAGCAAAUACAAAGAAUAUGUCAGUGCUUUUGGUACUAUUCCUCUGAAAAUGAUGUUUUCCUCCAAAACACAUUGAGAAAAUUUUGGAAUAAAGUAUACAUACUCUUUUC